AUGCGGGGCGUCCUCGCAUCAGGGCGCGCCAUAUGCACGGCUCGUCUGCUCGCCGCUGCACUGUUCGCGUGCGCGCUGGGCCUCGCGUCCGACGCGCUUACCGCCGCCGUGCACCCACCGCUUCUCGCGGGGUCACCCUCGCGCCACCACGUGGAGGCGGCGCCGGUUCGCGUGCGAGCGGCUGCGAGUCUGAUCGCGGCGGCUGUGAGCGGGGGGACGGGAGAGCGGCAUGCCGCUGCGCUGGCAGGCGCGGCGUUGAGUGGCGCCCUCGCGCGCGUCUAUCGCCGCCGCCACGCCCCUUCUCUGAGCGCCGACCCCGCCUGCCCUCCCGACCCCUCCCACCGUUUCAUCACUCACACGCAUCCCUCCUUGCCCAUCCCCACCAGCGAUACCCCUCCGCUGCAGCCACAAUGCGCGGAAGAAGGGCCGAGAUGCGCGGAUACUAGGGCUCCGCUCUUCCCCAUACUCGAAGGUCUGCUGGACGCCGCCGUGCUGCACCUCAUCGUCGCUGCCGCCACUCCUCUCCUCCCAUCGCCCGCCACCCUCACCAACCACCCUGCCGGCCCUUUGCCUUUCGUGGCUGCGGCGCUCGCUCCACGGGCCCUCGCGCUGGGCCGCCUGCUGCUGCUGCUCGCCGCCACAGCCGCCGCCACCUCCUCGUCCUCCUCGCUCCUCCCCCUCCUCCUCCUCGCGCGCCCUCCAGCGGACCCCCCCGCCUUCUGGGCGCGCGCCCUGCGCCUGCUGCUGGCGGACCUCGUGGCGCUGCUGCUCGGCGCGCUGCUGCUGCCCCUGGCUUUCGCGCCUGCUGCGCCACUCGCGCACAUGCAAGGGGCGGGGGAGGCGGGUCAGGCGAGGGGGGAGGAGGGCACACUGGGGGAGGCGGGCACACUGGGGGAGGCGGGCACACUGGGGGAGGAGGGCACACUGGGGGAGGCGCAGGCUGGAAGGGAGGGGGGACAGAAGGGGUGCGGGGAGGAGAGCAAGGGCAUGGCGCAGGGAGGUAGUGGGGAAGGCAGAGGGGAGAGCAUCGGGGAAAGGGGAUGGGCGGAGGGGCUGUACGAUAAAGGGGGGGCGGCGCAUGGCAGGUGUGGGGGAGGCAUGCAGGCGAGCAGUGGGGGCGGAGGGGCAUGGGGCGUGGCGGUGGUGUGCGGGGUGGUGGCGGGCAGCUGUGGCGCUCUCCUCUCAGGCGCUCUCUCCGCCUCCCAUGCCGCCCCGCUCACCGCCCUGCUCGCCCCCACUCUCCUGUGCUGCGCCGCCCACUCGCCACGCCACCUUGCAGCCGCCACACUCGCACUCUCAGCAUCAACCCUCUCAGCCGCGUCAGCAGGGCUGGGCCCCUUUCACCGCGCUGUACCGGUUGAAGCUACGCUUCAGCUGCAGCUCUUCCUGCUCGCCCUGCUGCUACUGGCCCACCUACUCCUGCCGCUCUCAACCGCCCCCCGCCCGCCCUGCAUCACCUGCUGCCACACCAACGCAGCGGAGCGGGCAGAGCGGGCACGGCGUGUGGCAGCGCUGGAGAGCCACGUGGCAGCGCUGCAGGGCCAGGUGGCAGAGCUAGAGGGCGAGGUGCAGCAGGAGCGAGAGGUGGCGCGGGCGGCAGGGGAGGCGGUGCGUGCAGCGGAGGAGGCGAAGGUGCAGUUCAUGGCGAACAUGAGCCAUGAGAUCCGCACGCCCAUCCACGGCAUCCUCGGCAUGACCGACCUCGCCCUCGACAACCCCCUGCCCCCUGACGCCCGGGAACACCUUGAAACCGUGCUGCAGUCCGCCAACCACCUGCUGCUGGUGGUGAACGACAUUCUGGACAUCACCAAGCUCGAGGCGGGCCGCCUGCAACUCGACUGCGCCCUCUUUGACCUGCGCGCUCUCCUCAACGGCAUCAUGACAAUGCUUGCCGCCCGCGCCGCCCUCAAGGGCCUGGCCUUCCAGUGGGAGGUGGAUGCGGCUGUGCCGCCCGUGCUGCUGGGCGAUGCCGUGCGCCUCCGACAGUGCCUGGUGAAUGUAGUGGGCAACGCCAUCAAGUUCACGGACCAGGGCAAGGUGCACAUCACAGUGCAUCCCUUCUCCCCCUCCCUCCUCUCACCAGCCCUCUCCCUCAUACCGCUUCCCUCCUCCCACUCCUCUCCCUCCUCCACCACCAUUUUACCUCCUCAAGACCUCACGCCCUCUCACCUGUCUCCCUGCAAUUCCUCCUCCACCUCCGCCUCCUCCUCCUCCUCCUCCUCCUCCUCCUCCUCCUCCUCCUCCUCCUCCUCCUCCUCCUCCUCCUCCUCCUCCUCCUCCUCCUCCUCCUCCUCCUCCUCCUCCUCCUCCUCCUCCUCCUCCUCCACCACCACCACCACCACCACCACCACCACACUCAAUUCCUCAGCUGCGUCCGCCUGUGCUACCGGCCCACCCCCCUCGCCCUCUGCCCCUGCUGCCCCUCAUGGCCCUUCUCCUGCGCGCAGCGACGCGGAUAAGGGGGGCGAUGAGGGUAAUGGGGGCAAAGGGGGCGAUGGGGGCAGUGGGAGGGGGUCAGAGGGAGCAGCAGCGCAGGGGGGGGAGGGAUUGGCGCUGCUCUUCACCAUCACUGACACGGGCGUUGGUGAGUUGACACGGGCGUUGGCAUUGCUGCGUCACCCAGUCUUUUCCCACCUCUGUCCUCCUCUGCCAUGCACCCGCGCCCUCUGUCCUCCUCUGCCAUGCACCCGCGCCCUCUGUCCUCCUCUGCCAUGCACCCGCGCCCUCUGCCCCAUGUGCUGUGCCCUCUCCGACGCCCUGCCUCCUGGGUGGGCGUUAGGCAUAGCGGCGGGCGAGCAGAGGCGCAUCUUCGGUGCGUUUGAGCAGGUGGACGCGUCCAUGUCGCGCCACCACGGCGGCACGGGGCUCGGCCUCUCCAUCACCUCCCGGUAUGCCCCCCCUCUCCAUCACCUCCCGGUAUGCCCCCCCUCUCCAUCACCUCCCGGUAUGCCCCCCCUCUCCAUCACCUCCCGGUAUGCCCCCCCUCUCCAUCACCUCCCGGUAUGCCCCCCCUCUCCAUCACCUCCCGGUAUGCCCCCCCUCUCCAUCACCUCCCGGUAUGCCCCCCCUCUCCAUCACCUCCCGGUAUGCCCCCCUUCUCCAUCACCUCCCGGUAUGCCCCCCCUCUCCAUCACCUCCCGGUAUACCCCCCCUCUCCAUCACCUCCCGGUAUGCCCACCCUCUCCAUCACCUCCCGGUAUGCCCCCCCUCUCCAUCACCUCCCGGUAUGCCCCCCCUCUCCAUCACCUCCCGGUAUGCCCCCCCUCUCCAUCACCUCCCGGUAUGCCCCCCCUCUCCAUCACCUCCCGGUAUGCCCCCCCUCUCCAUCACCUCCCGGUAUGCCCCCCCUCUCCAUCACCUCCCGGUAUGCCCCCCCUCUCCAUCACCUCCCGGUAUGCCCCCCCUCUCCAUCACCUCCUGGUAUGCCCCCCCUCUCCAUCACCUCCCGGUAUGCCCCCCUUCUCCAUCACCUCCCGGUAUGCCCCCCCUCUCCAUCACCUCCCGGUAUGCCCCCCCUCUCCAUCACCUCCCGGUAUGCCCCCCCUCUCCAUCACCUCCCGGUAUGCCCCCCCUCUCCAUCACCUCCCGGCAUGCCCCCCCUCUCCAUCACCUCCUGGUAUGCCCCCCCUCUCCAUCACCUCCCGGUAUGCCCCCCCUCUCCAUCACCUCCCGGUAUGCCCCCCCUCUCCAUCACCUCCCGGUAUGCCCCCCCUCUCCAUCACCUCCCGGUAUGCCCCCCCUCUCCAUCACCUCCCGGUAUGCCCCCCCUCUCCAUCACCUCCCGGUAUGCCCCCCCUCUCCAUCACCUCCCGGUAUGCCCCCCCUCUCCAUCACCUCCCGGUAUGCCCCCCUUCUCCAUCACCUCCCGGUAUGCCCCCCCUCUCCAUCACCUCCCGGUAUACCCCCCCUCUCCAUCACCUCCCGGUAUGCCCCCCCUCUCCAUCACCUCCUGGUAUGCCCCCCCUCUCCAUCACCUCCCGGUAUGCCCCCCUUCUCCAUCACCUCCCGGUAUGCCCCCCCUCUCCAUCACCUCCCGGUAUGCCCCCCCUCUCCAUCACCUCCCGGUAUGCCCCCCCUCUCCAUCACCUCCCGGUAUGCCCCCCCUCUCCAUCACCUCCCGGUAUGCCCCCCCUCUCCAUCACCUCCCGGUAUGCCCCCCCUCCCCACCACGGCGGCACGGGGCUCGGCCUCUCCAUCACCUCCCGGUAUGCCCCCCCUCUCCAUCACCUCCUGGUAUGCCCCCCCUCUCCAUCACCUCCCGGUAUGCCCCCCCUCUCCAUCACCUCCCGGUAUGCCCCCCCUCUCCAUCACCUCCCGGUAUGCCCCCCCUCUCCAUCACCUCCCGGUAUGCCCCCCCUCUCCAUCACCUCCCGGUAUGCCCCCCCUCUCCAUCACCUCCCGGUAUGCCCCCCCUCUCCAUCACCUCCCGGUAUGCCCCCCCUCUCCAUCACCUCCCGGUAUGCCCCCCUUCUCCAUCACCUCCCGGUAUGCCCCCCCUCUCCAUCACCUCCCGGUAUACCCCCCCUCUCCAUCACCUCCCGGUAUGCCCCCCCUCUCCAUCACCUCCUGGUAUGCCCCCCCUCUCCAUCACCUCCCGGUAUGCCCCCCUUCUCCAUCACCUCCCGGUAUGCCCCCCCUCUCCAUCACCUCCCGGUAUGCCCCCCCUCUCCAUCACCUCCCGGUAUGCCCCCCCUCUCCAUCACCUCCCGGUAUGCCCCCCCUCUCCAUCACCUCCCGGUAUGCCCCCCCUCUCCAUCACCUCCCGGUAUGCCCCCCCUCUCCAUCACCUCCUGGUAUGCCCCCCCUCUCCAUCACCUCCCGGUAUGCCCCCCUUCUCCAUCACCUCCCGGUAUGCCCCCCCUCUCCAUCACCUCCCGGUAUGCCCCCCCUCUCCAUCACCUCCCGGGAUGCCCCCCCUCUCCAUCACCUCCCGGUAUGCCCCCCCUCUCCAUCACCUCCCGGUAUGCCCCCCCUCUCCAUCACCUCCUGGUAUGCCCCCCCUCUCCAUCACCUCCUGGUAUGCCCCCCCUCUCCAUCACCUCCCGGUAUGCCCCCCCUCUCCAUCACCUCCCGGUAUGCCCCCCCUCUCCAUCACCUCCCGGUAUGCCCCCCCUCUCCAUCACCUCCCGGUAUGCCCCCCCUCUCCAUCACCUCCCGGUAUGCCCCCCCUCUCCAUCACCUCCCGGUAUGCCCCCCCUCUCCAUCACCUCCUGGUAUGCCCCCCCUCUCCAUCACCUCCCGGUAUGCCCCCCCUCUCCAUCACCUCCCGGUAUGCCCCCCCUCUCCAUCACCUCCCGGCUCGUUCACAUGAUGGGCGGCAGCAUUUGGCUGCACUCGUCUCCUGGCGCCGGCAGCACCUUUGCCUUCUCUGCCACCUUUGCUGCGCCGCCCGUCUCCCCCUCCACCCCCCAUGCUGCCCUCCCCCCGGCCCCACGGCGCACGGUGAGUGCGGAGGAGCUGGACGGCCGCCUGGCGCUGGACGCCCUCUCGCUCUCGCUGCUGCCCUCCCUCGUCCUCCACCGCUCCUCCUCCCGCGCCCUGCCGCCCCCCCUCUCGCCCUCCGCCGCCUCCUCUGCUGCCAGCGCUGCCGCACCCCUAUGUGCGCGCUCGCCUGCUGCCGCCCGCAUGGGGUUCAGCUUCCCGGGGCAGGCAGACGCCGCUUUGGACGCUGCAGCAGGCGGGGCAGGGCAGCACGGCGCAUGGGAGAGGGUUGCAGCGGCAGGGCGAGGUGGAGGAGGCGAGGGCGGACGCAUGGAUGCCAGAGCGGACGCAGCAGGGGGUGCAGGUGGUGGGGGUGCGGUGCAGGGCAGGGCAGGGCGCAGCCGGCGCAGAACACAGAGUUUCACAUGUGGGGAUGCGAGCACAGGGCGCAUGCUGGAGGAGGUGCUGCGGCAGGCGAGCAGGGAGCAGCAGGCAGGCCAGCUACCCUCCAGCAGACUCGGUGCUGCUGGCCCCCACGCCCAUGCCACCGCUGCCCUUGCAGCCGCCUCUGCACUGGUUGGUGCGAGGGGCAGCAAUGGUGGUGGUGAGGAGCGUCGCUGUGACGAGGCUCAUGUUGGCACAGGCUCCCGUGUUGACAGUGCGCAACAGAGCAGCGGCACGGUUACAGCCGUAACAGCAGCAGUGGCAGCUGCGGCAGCGGCAGUGGCAACAGCGGCAGCUGUUGCAGAAAAGGGUGCAGAGGAAGUCUCCUCAGGUUCAGAUGGGUGGAUGUUUCCAUUCGGUCUUCGUGCUUCUCAUGACCCUCAUCCACUCCCCCUGCAGCAGCCACAGCAGCAGCAGCAGCAGCAGCAGCAGCGGCAGCAGGUUGAGGAGAAGAAGCAGCAAGAGCAGGAGCAGCAGGGGCGAGUAGCAGUGGGGCAGCUGGAGAGGAGCAGCAGCGAGGGCUUUGCCAUGCGACGGCGGCAUCUGCUGGUGGUGCGCGGGCGCACGCGGUCCCUGGAGUGCAUGGGGGCGCGACAGGCCCAGGAGUGGGCCGGUGCACGCUCAGAGCACACUGGGGACGCGCAGGGCGGGCGGAGAGAGGGCGAUGCGAGGGGCACAAGCGGCACCACAGGCAGCAGAGCAGCAGUGGCGGGCAGAGAGGGUGGUGGUGGGGAUGGUGGCGAGGAGAGCCGGCAGGGGAGCAGCAGCCCUGGGGUGGAGGUGCCUCGCCUGCCAUCGUGGAGCCCACUCAGUGGCAGUGGGGCGCGCAUGGCAGGCAGUCCGCGCACAGAGGGGGGCAUGGGAGGCACGGGAGUCAUGGGGGGCACGGGAGGCAUGGGGGGCAUGGGAGGCAGAGCAGCAAGCAACGAGCCCAGAAGCCCCCAUGCACAAGCAGGUGCGGCUCGUGCUGGUGGUGGUGGUGGUGGUGGCACGGACAGUGGUGGCGUGGAGGCGAGUGUGGCGAAGCUGAGCCGCGUGGUGGAGAGGGAGGACGAGGGGUUGAGUGAGGAUGAUGCCCCCGCUGCCCGCACAGCGCAGCAGAGCAGGAGAGAGGCGCGUGUGCUGCGAGGCAGCGCUGGGCGGCUAUCGGUGGAGGGCAGCGUGGCGGAGCUGCAAGGGGCGCGUGCAGGCGGUGAGAGGGAGCAGGGCGGCGCUGGUGUGCUGAGGGAGCAGGGCGCAGGGCAGGGUGUGGGGAGGGCGAGAGGAGAAGAGGAGCGGUUGAAAGGACUGAGUGCAUGUGAGGAGGACGAGAGAGAGGAGUUGGGACAGAGAGGCCGGAGCGGGUGGCAGGGCCCUCCCUUGUCAGCGAGUGCGAGUGGGUGGUCGACGGAGGCAGCAGCUGAGAUGCGCCCCAGCGUGAGCUUCAAGGAGAAUCUCUCUGCACGCCACCGUGAGGAGCGGGAUCCCUUGCAGGCUGCACUGGGCAAUGCCAGCCCUGCCCCCUGUCAGGCACUCAGUCGUGGCGGUUCCAGCAGUGGUAGUGGGGAUGCAGCCACAGCUACAGCAGAGGCGGCAUCAGGCAGCAGGGCGGGUGCAUGCGGGUUGUUGGGACGGCAGAGGCAGCUACGAGUGCAGCACCUCACCUUCCAGCUGCCUGACGACACCUCCCCUGCGCACUCGCCCUCCACCCCCACCUUUGACUCGCGCCGCCCGUCCCUCAAGCUGCCUGCUCAUGCACCUGCGCCCGCUGCCCCCUCCGCCAUCUCACCGCGCCCGCCUGUGUCCCCGCGGCGGCCUUACGGGGACGCGGCUGAGCCGAGCACCAUGGAGGCCAUCUACGCGCGCAUCCAGGCCCAAGCUGCCGCCUCGCGCCCCCUCGCCCCCACGCGCUCGCCCUCCACCGCCGCCGCUGCAGGCGACGGCGCGUGCAGCUUGGCGCGCGGGAGGGAGCCGCCCGCCCUGGACGUGCCGUCCACACCUUCGUCCUCCGCACGCCGCGCUGCUGGAGGGGGCCUGCUGCGCCAGAAGUCAGGCGGGAUGGCGCUGCUGCAGCGGCAGGGCACAGGGGUGGGCCGGCAGGGCGGGGGGCUGGUGAGGCAGGGCACGGGGCUGGGGCGGCAGGCGAGUGUGAAGCUGAAGCAGAAGCCGGUGCGCGCGGCGAGCCCGCGGGCCAUGCUGUCGGCGGUGGCGCUGAACAUCCUGCUGGCGGACGACAGCGUGGUGAACCAGAAGGUGGCGGUGCGCUUCCUCAAGAAGAAGGGCAUGGUGGCGGACGCCGUGGGCGACGGCGCUCAGGCCAUCCAGCGCCUCUACCCCAAGGAUGGCGGCAUCUCCCCCUACGACCUCCUGCUGCUCGACGUGCAGAUGCCAGUGAUGGACGGACUUCAAACAGUGCGGGUUAUUCGUGAGAAGGAGACGGCAGAGAAGCUUCCCCACCUUCCAGUCAUUGGGCUGACAGCGCAUGCGGCUGACGUGUACCGUGACCAGUGCAUCUCCGCCGGCAUGGACGGCUUCGUCUCCAAGCCAUUCACUGUGAAUCAGCUCUUGAGCAUGAUGCAGUCUGUGCUUGAAAAGUAUUCGCAUAAACGAUUGCCACAUGAAGCUAUGGCAUCGUAA